CGCUUACCGAGGGUCGCCGCCAUGGCAACGUCGCUCCUCACCACUUCCGGGGACGAAGGGGCGGAGACCUGUAAUCCGGAAGUGGCGCCAAAGCCUCUUCCGGUUCACUCACGUUGCUGCUUUCCUCGCGUCACCGCCGGAAUGAAGCCGAUCCUGCUGCAGGGCCAUGAGCGGUCCAUUACGCAGAUUAAGUACAACCGCGAGGGAGAUCUCCUCUUCACGGUGGCCAAGGACCCUAUUGUCAAUGUGUGGUACUCUGUGAAUGGUGAGAGGCUGGGCACCUACAUGGGCCAUACCGGAGCUGUGUGGUGUGUGGACGCUGACUGGGACACCAAACAUGUCCUCACCGGUUCAGCUGACAACAGCUGUCGUCUCUGGGACUGUGAAACAGGGAAGCAGCUGGCCCUACUCAAGACCAAUUCAGCAGUCCGGACCUGUGGCUUUGACUUUGGGGGCAACAUCAUCAUGUUCUCCACGGACAAGCAGAUGGGCUACCAGUGCUUCGUGAGCUUCUUCGACCUGCGGGAUCCGAGCCAGAUCGACAACAAUGAGCCCUACAUGAAGAUCCCUUGCAACGACUCCAAGAUCACCAGUGCUGUUUGGGGACCGCUGGGAGAGUGCAUCAUCACAGGCCACGAGGGCGGAGAGCUCAACCAGUAUAGCGCCAAGUCCGGGGAGGUGCUGGUGAAUGUUAAGGAGCACUCCCGGCAGAUCAAUGACACCCAGCUGUCCAGGGACAUGACCAUGUUUGUCACCGCAUCCAAGGACAACACAGCCAAGCUCUUUGACUCCACAACCCUUGAACACCAGAAGACUUUCCGGACAGAACGUCCCGUCAACUCAGCUGCCCUCUCUCCCAACUAUGACCAUGUGGUGCUGGGCGGUGGUCAGGAAGCCAUGGAUGUAACCACCACCUCCACCAGGAUUGGCAAGUUUGAGGCCAGGUUCUUCCACUUGGCCUUUGAAGAAGAGUUUGGAAGAGUCAAGGGUCACUUUGGACCUAUCAACAGCGUUGCCUUCCAUCCUGAUGGCAAGAGCUACAGCAGCGGUGGCGAGGACGGUUAUGUCCGCAUCCACUACUUCGACCCGCAGUACUUUGAAUUCGAGUUUGAGGCUUAAGAAGCUGGAUCUCUGGGAAUUCUCUGGUGGUCUGGUAAUUAGGACUCCGGGCUUCUACUGCAGGGGGCACGGAUUCGAUCCCUGGUCUGGGAACUAAGGUCCUGCAAGCUGCAUGGCGUGGUCACCCAUACACACACACAAAAAGAAGCUGGAUGUCCAUCUGGGCCAGGAUCACAGAAGGUUUUGGACUCUGAGAAAUAAAUUAGUUUGGAAAUAAA